AUGAAAAAUUUUCCUGUAUUUGUUUUCCCAGUUUCACUUGAAUUCUAUUUAAACGCUCGACAUACUCACAAACAACUACUGACUGUUUAUAAUCCGUACGACUUUUCGGUAAAUUUUAAAGUUUUAUGUACGUCCCCUAACAAAUUCACUGUAAUAGACCCCGAGGGUGUAGUAGCUCCACAAAGCUGUAUUGACAUUGUAGUGCGUUACACUCAACCAUCUGUUACACACUGCGAUACAAUAGAAAAGUUUAGGAUCACAAUGUAUGAUAGGAACACUCAACAGGCACUGGGUAAAAGAGACAUACCUACAAAGUUAAUCGAGGGCGAGCCGUCUAACUUAAAUCUAGAAAGUAUGGGAGACAGCUUCCAUCCUCUAACUACAAGGGCCGCACCAAUUCGUCCAGCUGAAGAAGCACCAAGAUUAACCUGUCACCAUCCUUCACAUAUAAGAGAACAACAGCCUGUAAAUGUGGUAGCUGUCGCUGUCAGUAUAUGCUGUAUUGCAGCACUACUUCUUCCCACACAACCGGAACAGGUGACACAGAGCCAGUGGCCCGAAUGGCUGCAUAUAGGUUCAAAUCUCAAGUUAGUCUUCUCAUUUGUACUUGGUUUGGUUAGUAUGUUAGUGUUACGACCUUAA